UCCGACUCCAGCGACACGUCACCUUUUCGAGGCAAAGCAAAACCAAGCCAAGUAUCCAUCCAAUCUAACCGGCAAACGCAGCGACGACUCGCCGGAGAAGAAUCCCGUCGGGAAAUCAAUCCAUCGGAGGAGCUUCACGAUGGCGGGGGAGGGGAGGCCGGACGCGCAGCUCUUCCAGCUCCUUACCGACCUUCUCCAGGAGGUGGAGUCAAUGAGCAACCAGGAAGAGGUAGAAUUGAGAGCAAAGAUUGAAGCGCUGGGCCUAGAAAUCACCAAGGUUCCAGAGCAGGCACCUAAGCAACUUGAUGAGUUAGAGAUAGCCGCAGAGCUGGACAGGUUGUCGGCAAGGCUCGAUAAUGUCGACAAGAUGAUAUCAUCUGCCAUUACAUCUGACCCAGAGGUGAAAUCGCUUCUGAGCAGCACCUCCGAUGUCUGGAUGCCCGUCAUCACCGCGUCCGCCAAUGAAAGGCGGGGGUUCACGGGAACAAGCGGCGACAAGGAAGAGCAAGAGAAAUCUAAGUAAAUAGCUGGGACUGAAGCCCUUGUACUCCUUUGUGCCUGCGUUGUUCUGCAUUUUCCUUCCAUGAGUAUAUGUUCAUAGCUUCCCUCCGUCCCAAAAUUCUUGUCUUAGGUUUGUCCAAAAAUAGAUGUAUCUAAAUACUAAAACGUGACUAGAUACAUUCAUAUCUAGACAAAUCUAAGACAAGAAUUUUGGGACGGAGGGAGUAUGUAUCAAAUGUUCUUUGGGGCAAUAACAGAAAAUAAAUACACAUGUUGUUAAUGUACUUGCUAUUCUAAUUCGCGCUAUGGUUGAGGUAAUAAAAGUCUGCCAAGCAUUCUAUC